AUGAGCCAAAAUGAUAGCAUCUGGGUAAAGGUUCAGCUCAAAUCUUCCAUUGAGAAGUUCUAUGGCUUCUUCAGGAACCAUAUGGGGGAUUUGGUCAAUAUGUUUCCUGAGCAGUUCAAGAACUUUCAGUAUGUGGAAGGUGAAAAUUUCUCUGCUGACACUAUUGUACAGUUGAAAUACCACCUUGGAAGUCAUCAAUUAUUAACAGCAAAGAUAAAGCUAAGAGUGGUGGAUGAUGUGAAGAAAUGCAUAAUUUAUGAAGCUGUUGAAGGAGAUGUGCUAAAGCAUUACAAAGUAUUUAUUGUAAAACUUGAAGCUGUUAACGGAGGCUUAAGCAAUAAAGUUGGAGGAAGCUUUGCAAAAUGGACUGUUGAUUUUGUAAAGGCAAAUGAAUAUGUGCCUUCACCAGAAAACUACUUGGAAAUGUUUGUCAACAUUUCCAAAGGUGUUGAUGCUUAUUUUUCCAAGAACUAA